GUAUCAUUGGUGACGAAGACGCUCGAAAUCCAACGCCUGUGGCUGUCUUCAGCAGUCCGAAGAGUCCGAAGAGGGGUGCGAAGUCACCACAAAGAACGACUGGCGUCACACAGAAUGGGCGUCGCAUGCUUUUCCUGUGUGCCCUCCGUCUGUUUUGUUUACGUCUGCCAACGAGACACCCUACACAUUUGCGUAGUUCUAGAUGCGUAGUGCGGCUCGAAGCGUCGGUACGAGGAAAGCGAAGAGAAACGAACGAACGCAGACAGGCAACUUGUUUACAUAAACGAGGUGUCUUCGAUGGGAGAGAGGCCAGCAGCCCGUAGCGGGUGUGAGGUCUCGUAGCGUCUGGCUUCCCGAAUAGCCGCCUCACAGGUGAUCCGCUUGAAAUUUGGAGCUUGCCGACUCCGACAGAGUCGCCCUGCUCACUCGAACGUUCUUCGCUUUUGGUAAGUUGACUCUCCUCGUCUCGUUGCCUCUCCAGGGGACUCUUCUUCCCUGCCUCCUUCUGAGAGACGUCCCUUUCUCGCGCCGCCUGUGCGAGCAGUUCCAGGAUCUUCUCGACUUGCAUUUAAAUGGUUCUAACAACUCUGCAGGUGUUGAUACCGCGCUUAACGUGGAGUGAACGGUCUCUCUCGCCUUCUACGUCGACCAGAAACAGUCGACAUCUGCACAAAAGCGCGUCAACCGUCCGGUCGCCGACGCGAUGUCCUCCGUGUACACGCACCAGAGGAGGUCGAUAAACAGUCGUGAGUUUUUCUUCGUCGUCUCGUCGACGAGUGCGACGAACAGUGCGUCAGUCCAUUUCGUCGGGACAGAGACAGACAGAAGUCCGGCUCAAAAGGAUGAGACACGGUCCAUGUUUCACCUGCACUCACAAGUUCAGCUGCCCUUCUUUCCUGCGAAACGGAGUCGUCUCGGCGCUCGCGCUUCUCUUCCCUAAAACCGCGGCCGUCGUCGAGUCGCUCUCCUCCCCUGUCUCUGUCUCCAUGGCGCCUGACAGUUGCAGACCGGACCCCGUGGGGGCUCCCAAUGGACGGGGAUCCCUGAAGGAGGUUUCCUCCUCUUUCUGCACAACGUCUUCUCUCUUUUCUCGCCUCUCUCUCCUCUUCCUGCUCUUCUCUCUCUUCGCUUCGCCUCGACAGCUCUCCCUAACGUCGGCCAUCUCGCUGGAGCCUUCGCCGGGAUCUCCCGCUGCGGCCCAAGUGUCGUCAGGCGUCGCCCCCACACCGGUCGAGAAAGAGUCGGGCAACGGCGGCCAGGUGAAGGUCCACCUGAAACGCGACGAGGCAGGCCGGCCACUGCCGGUGUCUGCGGCCUCUUUGUUUGCAGCCGAGAAGCCUCACGAAGAGGAGGAAAGGGAGGUCUUGCGCGUCGGAGUGGACGCAGGAGACUCUCGGAGAGAGAAACGCGCAGUCGAACCCACGCGCAUGCUUGCUUCGAUCGAUCCGCAGCAUCCUUCGGUCUCUGCGCAAGUCGUCUCCCCGGCGCCUUCCUCUUCUCUCACAGCGCCUCCAACGGCGCGACCGCGCGACGAAGGAAACAAUACUUGCGUCAGAAACAACGAGACAUGUCAACGGCGCGAAAGAUAUGCGGAGAAAUCCAUUCAACGGCAUCGACACGAUUCCACCUCCUCGCGGGAGAGCGUCGCUUUUGCGUCCUUCGGAUCUUCAAAGAAUUCGUUUGCAACUGCCUACGCCCCGUUCGACGACGAAGACGAAGAAGGCGCUCUUGCACACUUGAAAAAUAAAGUGAAGACUGCUGUCUCCUGCCCUGCAGCAAAAAUUCUGCUCGGCAUCAGUGGAGUCGUCGCUCUAGGGACGCUUGGCAUCAAAUACACGAGAAACGUUUUGCGGCGCCGUCGACGCGAAGGCCUACAGAGGCCACCGACACCUUUCACAGAUCUGCUCGGCCAUGUUCUGCUGAAGCGCGAAAGAGGAAAACAUGCGGCCGAGACUCGCGAGCUCGCAACGGGUGAUGUGCUCGGCAAACCUGGAAGCGUGACGGCGCUUUACUUUUCAGGGCGAGGCGUUGAGGAAAUGUUGCAGACUCGAGGGUACCAGCCUUUUACGCCUCGCCUAGAGCGCAUUGUUGAGGGAUGCCGCGAGCGAGGACAAGAACUGAAUGUCGUGUAUCUCUCUGCAGAUGCCGACUCCAGCGACGCCGAAAAACAUUUCAGCGACAUGUCCUGGUAUGCCCUGCCGUUUGACGACGCUCCUGGGCAGGCGCGGAUCCACCGACUUUUCCGGAAAUUCCGAGUUUCGACUUUGCCUCACGUUGUGCUUCUCGACUCCAAUGCGCGUGUUCUUAAUUCGCAUGCGUACGCGUCGAUGAUUGUCCGUCCGACGGCUUUUCCAUGGAAAAAGCAGACGCCGGCGGAGCUUCUCGGCGACGCCUUCGUCGCCGGCGAAGGCCAGAAGGUCGGAAAAGACGCUCUUGACAAUAACGUCGUGGGCAUCUACUUCAGCGCCUCUUGGUGUCCGCCUUGCCAGGCGUUUACUCCCAAACUCGUGGAGGCUCUGAAGGGAUGGAAAGAACAAGGGAAGGAUGUCUCAGUUGUUUUCGUCAGCAACGAUCGCGAUGAAAAAGCGUUCGAAGAGUACUUCAAGAAAAUGGAAGGCUUCGUCGCCAUUCCCUUCGCCGACACCACCCGCCGAGCCCUACUGCAGGAGGCGCUGAAUGUGCGGUCUUUGCCCACCUUGGUGUGGCUGUCGAAGGAAGGGGAAAUAUUGACAAGGCGAGGCGUUCCGCAUGUCCUGGAAGAUCCCGAGGGAAGAAACUUUCCGUGGAAAGACAAGGAUGUGAACGACGUGAGCGACUCUGUCGAAGGCAUUGCAGACGAGCCUGCUCUCAUUCUCUUCAUGGAGCACCUGGACGAGAAGGCGAAGGAAGAACAAGAAAAGGCCCUCGAGGAAGCGAUGCAGGCCUUGCAGAGUCAGAAGAAUGACGGAGGGGUGCCGCCGCUGCCUCGGCUGUUCACCGCGAAAUCGCUUUCUCCCAGGUCGAUUGCUCUCCGGAGAAUUUGCCGACAAGAUCCGCCAGACGCAGACAAAGAGAAAAAAGGCCCUAUUCUGACCAUUGUGGACUUGCUGGACCAGAGCUACUUCACCGCUCUGCAAGAGCCCGGCAGGAUCUUCUCGGCCGACGAGAUCGUCGCUUUCAUCAACAAGUUCCGCAGAGAGGAACUGGAAAGAAAUUCUUUGGCGGUCCCCGAAUAA